UCCAUUGCCAGAGUCUUUGCAUCGCACUGGACGCCCUGUCUGGCCUCGCCUUCAUCUGUCCGGGAUUAGUAAACAGCGACGGCUCCUGCAAAGACGGUACCCGGGUGGAUGAGAGACAGUGUAGCGGGUCGGCCAGCACCCCCCCAGACCUCUUGUCAGGCGCUCAGUCCCGUAGGACAGAAGCCAUAAAGUCACAGACAUGGCUUUGAAGAUUGUCAAAGGGAGCAUCGACCGAAUGUUCGAUAAAAACCUCCAGGAUUUAGUACGUGGCAUUAGGAAUCACAAGGAGGAUGAGGCCAAGUACAUCUCCACCUGCAUCGAUGAGAUCAAGCAGGAGCUCAAGCAGGACAACAUCGCCGUCAAGGCCAACGCCGUGUGCAAGCUCACCUACCUUCAGAUGCUGGGCUAUGAUGUCAGCUGGGCUGCCUUUAACAUUGUGGAGGUCAUGAGCUCCUCCAAGUUCACGUACAAGCGGAUUGGCUACCUGGCUGCUUCACAGUGCUUCCACGAGAGCACUGAUGUCAUCAUGCUGACAACCAAUCAGAUCCGGAAGGACCUCAGCAGUCCUAACCAGUAUGACACAGGCGUUGCCCUUACUGGCCUUUCUUGUUUCGUGACCCCUGACCUGGCUCGUGACCUGGCCAACGACAUCAUGACUCUGAUGUCGCACACCAAGCCCUACAUCAGGAAGAAAGCGGUGCUGAUCAUGUACAAGGUGUUCCUCAAGUACCCAGAGUCUCUGCGCCCUGCCUUCCCCAGGCUUAAGGAGAAACUGGAGGACCCCGACCCAGGUGUCCAGUCGGCAGCGGUGAACGUGAUCUGUGAGCUGGCCAGGAGGAACCCCAAGAACUACCUGUCUUUGGCCCCACUGUUCUUCAAGCUCAUGACCUCCUCCACCAACAACUGGGUCCUCAUCAAGAUCAUCAAGCUGUUUGGAGCCCUCACACCUCUAGAGCCUCGUCUGGGGAAGAAGCUGAUUGAACCCCUGACCAAUCUCAUCCACAGCACCUCCGCGAUGUCUCUUCUGUAUGAAUGUGUCAACACUGUGAUCGCAGUGUUGAUCUCCUUAUCGUCUGGAAUGCCCAACCACAGUGCUAGUAUUCAGCUCUGUGUCCAGAAACUGCGCAUCCUGAUCGAAGACUCGGACCAGAACUUGAAGUACCUGGGCCUGCUGGCCAUGUCCAAGAUCCUGAAGACCCACCCCAAGUCUGUCCAGUCCCACAAGGACCUGAUCCUCCAGUGUCUGGACGACAAGGACGAGUCCAUCCGCCUGCGAGCCCUGGACCUGCUCUACGGCAUGGUGUCCAAGAAGAACCUGAUGGAGAUCGUGAAGAAGCUGAUGCUGCACGUGGACAAGGCGGAGGGCACGACCUACAGAGACGAGCUUCUCACCAAGAUCAUCGACAUCUGCAGCCAGAGCAACUACCAGUACAUCACCAACUUUGAGUGGUACAUCAGCAUCCUGGUGGAGCUGACCCGGCUGGAGGGAACGCGGCACGGACACCUCAUCGCCUCCCAGAUGCUGGACGUGGCCAUCCGGGUCAAGGCCAUCCGGGAGUUUGCCGUGGCGCAGAUGGCCACCCUGCUGGACAACGCCCACCUGCUCACCGGCAACACGCAGCGCAACGGCAUCUGUGAAGUGCUGUACGCCGCCGCCUGGAUCUGCGGGGAGUUCUCCGAACACCUGGAGAACCCUAUGCAGACCCUGGAGGCCAUGCUGAGGCCCAAGGUGGCCACGCUGCCGGGCCACAUCCAGGCCGUGUACGUGCAGAACGCCGCCAAGCUGUUCGCCACGGUGCUGCGGAGCCAGGAGGGCAACACGGACCGCACGGCGGCGCAGGAGACCAGCCAGCUGAUGAUCGACCGGCUGCCCCUCUUCGUGCAGAGCGCCAACCUGGAGGUGCAGGAGAGGGCCUCCUGCAUCCUGCAGCUGGUGAAGUACAUCCAGAAGCUGCAGCAGAAGGACGUGGAGGUGGCCGAGGAGGUCAACGCGCUGUUCGCUGGCGAGCUCAACCCCGUGGCCCCCAAGGCGCAGAAGAAAGUGCCUGUCCCCGAAGGCCUGGACCUGGACGCCUGGAUCAACGAGCCGCCGUCCGAGAGCGAGUCGGAGGACGAGAAGCCCAGGACCAUGUUCACCCGGGAGGAGACCAAGCACUCCCGGCCGCGGCACACCGAGGUGGACGAGAAGGAGCUGGCCAAGAGAAGAGAGGUGAGGAAGCAGGAGCAGGCCAGCAACCCCUUCUACAUCAAGUCCUCCCCAUCCUCCCAGAAGGUUUACCAGGAGGCUCCAGGAGUGGACCACAUCCCCGUGGUGCAGAUUGACCUCAGCGUGCCUCUGAAAGUCCCCGGUCUGCCCAUGUCCGACCAGUACGUGAAGCUGGAAGAGGAGCGCCGGCAGAAGGACCGGGCGGACAAGAAGAAGAAGGAGAAGAAGAAGAGGAAGGAGAAGGGCGGCCGGCGGGGCAAGCGGGACUCGGGCCCCGAGAGCGAGGAGGACAUCACGCCGGCGCACAUGGUGGACAUCGUCACGGAGGAGAUGCCAGAGAAUGCCUUGCCCAGUGAUGAUGACGACAAAGACCCCAAUGACCCCCACAAGGCCCUAGACAUCGACUUGGACAGUUUGGUGGCUGCUGCCCGGCGCAGACCACUGGCUGACAGCGAGAAGCUUCCAGUGCGGUCCCACCGAUCCUCUGAAGCCCUGAAGACCAUGGCGGAGGAGGUAGAGGUCGUCGCCCCGCAGGAGGCAAAGAAGAAGGGCGGCAAGGAGAAGAAGGAGAAGAAGAAGGACAAGGAGAAGGACCGCAAGAAGAGCAAAGAGGAGAAGAAGAAGAAGAAACACAAGCACGAUGAGGGAGAGGAAGAUCUGAUGGGGGGUCAGACGGAAGAACCUAUGGUCCAAUCGGAGACGACCAAUGAUGUGGUGGCUCCGCCCCCAACCACCACUGCUGAGGUUUCGGAUCUGGAUUUCUGGCUCUCAAACGCUCCAGUGCCCUCUAACUCUCAGGAAGUGGCCGUAACCGCGGUUACCGCACCGGCAGCAGCAGCAGCAGCAGCGGCGGCCGGCGUUCCCCCUGCGGCUUCUGGCUCGGCGCCAGACUCGGAGCCUGAUGAACCCAAAGACGCGGAGGUGGACGAGAGCAAGUCCUCCAAACACAAGAAGAAGAAGCAGAAAAAGGAGAAGGAGGAGAAGGAUAAGAAGAAGAAGAAGAAGCAUCACCACCACCGUCACCAUAGCGACGGGGCCGGGGAGGAGUCUGUGCAAAAUGGCACCGUGGAGGAGGAGGAGGAGCCUCUGCCGCCCAUGUCCAAUUACUGCCUGCUGGCCGAGAACUCCUACAUCAAGAUGAUGAUGGAGGAUGCCGAUACGGUGUGUGACAUCCAGGGCAACCUGCAGGACGGGAGUCAGGUGGUGGUGUCGCUCAUCUUCGAGAACAAGUGUGACAGCUUCCUCAAGGCGAUGGAGUUCAACGUGCUGGACUCUCUGAACUCCAGGCUGCAGCGGCCCGACGGAGCGGGCCCUCAUGACGGCCUCACCGUGCCCUUCCAGCUGCCUCCCGGGGUGUCAAACGAGGCGCGCUUUGUGUUCACCGUUAAGAGCAUCGUGAUGCCUCAGAAACUGAAGGGAACCCUGGCCUUUAUAGUCAAGAAUGAAGACUCCUCCACCCAUGAAAAACUGGACUUCAAACUGCACUUUACCUGCACUUCCUACCUGAUCACCACUCCGUGUUACAGUGAUGCGUUUGCAAAGUUGCUUGAGUCGGGAGACCUGAAGGCCAGCUCUGUCAAGCUGGAGGGAGUCGUCAUGCCCUUCCCGCACCUGCUGGCCCGCAUCUGCUUCCACCAUCACUUCUCCGUUGUGGAGAGGAUCGACUCCUGUGCCUCCAUGUACAGCCGCUCCAUCCAGGGUCACCACGUGUGUUUGCUGGUCAAAACUGCUGAUCAGACCGUGUCCAUCGACGCUAAGUGUGACGAGCCGUCGCUGCUGAGCAACGUGCUGGAUGAGAUAAAGCUGACGUUCUCUCAGUGCUGAUUGUGUCUGGAGGCUGCAGGGUGCAACCCACCCCCACCACCAAAACGCCCCAGACUCACCACCACACACACACACACACACGUCUCAUAUCAGUCCCACCUCCCCCCUGGUCCCAACUGAAACACACUAGUAAUGGGACGCUACACCCGGCUCUCCCUCCACCCUCUAUUUAUUAAGCGUCGUUAAGAUCUCCUCUCCUUUUUGGCCUAGCUGUCACUGUCCCCAUGGUCUCCAUUCACACUGUUCUACACUCUGAGCUCGUCCCCUCUAUCCGACUCCCCGUUUUACUUUAUAGACUUGGCUGGCAACUCGCUCACUCCUCUUGAGGACUGAGCGUUUCCACAACACCCACCUCAGUCCAGCCUGUGGCUCCUCAAUGAGCCCAGAGGUUUUGGAAGGUUUGUGGCCUCUGGUCCUUCCCGUACCCCCGUCUGUUCUUAAUGCCCUUACUGUCUGCCAGCAUUACAGUCCGUUGCAGUCCUGUGUUUUGGCAACUGGACUUUUUUUGGUUGUGGUUGCUGUUGAUGGCUGAAUUGCGUUUUUACUGUUUUGGAAUUGAUUUAUUUUCCUUCUUCCUUGUGUUGGUGAGUUAUUUUUUUGUUGGAAACCUCUCUUCGCCUUUUUCUUGCUCUGCCCACUGACUCCUUUUUGUGUGUGUAAGAAUGUGUGUGCGUGUGCACACUGCUGUAUGUAUGUAUGCAUGAAUGCGUCUGUUUCUACUAUCCUAGCCACCAUGUGACUGACUCCUCUGCAUACUGGUUCAAGCUGGAAAAUCAACCUUCUCCCCUCCUGACUUAUCAUUGACCCUUUUUUAGAGAAAUCCCGGAGAGGGCUGGUUGCCCUCUGAUAAAAAGUUCAGAGAUGGAACUAAAGUUUCGCAUUUGGCACAAAUUAAACUUGUUGAGGUGCCAUUUGCUCCAACAUUAUUGUAGGAUCACACUUUACGAGACCCGGUGCAGAUUCAGAGAAAGUAUCCUGUGUGGGAGUCUGGCGGUGAUUGUGGAGGAUGGGUAGGUCAGUGAUGGGUUAUGGAUGGAUGAGUAUGGCUGACUGACUUCUGUUCCCCAGGGCUCCUCCCUCCCCCCUCGUCUGUGCGUCGGUGCUUUCAGGUCGUACUGGUCUAAGCUGGGUUUUUUUUUUUUGCUAACAAAGUCGUAUUAAUUAUUCUUAAACUUUACAUUUCUCCCCCUGCGUUCCUGCGCCAUUCACAAAGAACAAGAGAGAAAAAAAUGUAACGAUUCCCUUAAACACUAGUACUCAUGAGUAGGUGCACGAAAUAAGUGGUAUGGCUGUUGUUACAUUUCCCUCCCGCUCAUGUUUAUUGAGAGGCCAAUGACUGCUGAUUAAUGCAGUCCUUUUAAGUCGAUAAAGCUAUUGGAAAGAUGCUUUGCUUUGUCUAAACUGGCUGUUGGAUAAUAAAGGCUGUUCAAUUCGGUGUAAAACAGACGGGUGACCCGUUGUCGCCGGCUUGCUUCACCGGUUGGUCAAAGCUCUGCUCAUCAUACACAUUCAUCUCCUGUAGGAUAAUCAUUUCCGACUCUACAUUGUGGUUAUUCUUAUAAAUGUGGUCAGUCGUAGAUGAUUUCUUUCUCAAUCAGUAUUAGCUGAAAUGGCUUCAUUGGAAAGUAACUACUGUUGAAUAACAGAACGGAACGUGUUGCCUCAUGUUAUCUCGUCUGAAAACAUAAGCACCUGUGCUGCUUGCAUCAUAACCGCUUCACGGUGUGCACAUACAGUGUUCCUUCUCUCGUUUGAAACAGCCUUGUUCCUUUUUUGUACAUUGACAUCCAACAGUGGACAGCAACGGGUACAUUAAAAAAAAAAAAAAACUAUUUUAUGGCUUGCUCCAAGUUACUGUUUUUUAAUUGUAACUCUUGUCACCCUGGCCCAGCAUGACUUGGAUUAGCAGUAGCACGAUCAAAAUGGACUCUGUAGCAUCUUCUUGUUUUAUAUAUAUCCAUGUACAUCCAUUUAUCAAGCCACACCCUUAGAUAAAUAUAAUAAUGACGAUGGUAUUGAUUUUCCCAGUCCAUGUCGGCCAUUCCAUCUGCUUUUUUUUUUUGGUGCAGUAGUAGUUUGGAUACAGUUGAUAAGCGGUCAUUCAGAAAUGUCUGUAAAAAUAAAAGUAUAUAUAUAUAUAUAUUCCCUGUUCCUGAAAAUGCUUCGACUGAAAAUAAAACUUGAUUAACCCUGACCAUACAUUUUACUGAUAACAUUUAUUGUGCAUAUUGUUUUAUGAAAUGAUCUUGCAUGAUUAGGAAUGUAUACUUUCAUAUAAUUUCUUCCCAAACCAAAUACGUUAUCCAACAGACAAAAUUUACUUUUUCAUCUCUAUUGUUUAUUUGUUUCCCUUAUUUUUUUAUUUCAUUUUUACAAAGUUUACUUCACCAUUCUGCACUUUUGAUGGUAUUGUAUUCUUAGAUAUCAUGAGUUCAGGCAUUUAUCAAAUAUAGACAAGUCUUUGAAUGUUUUAAAUUAUUGAACAUCGGGACGAGGGAUGUCAUGACAGUUUUGAGUGUGGAUGAGGCUCGGACAGAGUUCAGAAUAGGUCACAUUACACACAGUGCUCUUGAGAGGCAAGCAGUCCACUGUGUCUUAACUAUCAGUGGCGUUGUAGUGUUCUCUUUUUUUUUUUCUCAAGGUUUUGCUUGUGACAUUGAAUUGUACUCUUCUUUUUUGAGGGCUAUGGUGUUAUUCCUUCAUGCUCAGAUUAUCCAACUGUAAUAUGUAAUAUAACGUUUCAAAGGGGACUGAGGAAAAAACGUAAGUUGUUAAAUACAUUCCCUUUAAAAACUACCCGAUAUAUUGAAAAAAAAAAAAAAAAAAAGCUGUAAGAAGCUGCUGUAGUCUUUUGUGUUACAGUGAAACAAUAAACUACCAUAUGAAUAAAA